CCCAAACCAAACCAGAACUGCUGCUUCUUCUCGGUCCAAUAAUCCGAGCAAUGAGCAAAUCAGCCGGCGGCGCCACCGCGAUUCAGCCGCCGAUGGCAACGUCCCAGAAAUCCGUUGCGAAGAAGAAAAGGAACAGCCUUAGCGGGUGCUUAAAAGCUCCGUUCCGUUUUCUUCGGCGCGCGAGGGAUAUGUAUGUAAAGGGGCUGGGGGGCUGCGCCGGAGCGGGAGGUGGUGCGCGCGGCGGUGGUUUCACUGCCGGCGUGGUGGCGCUGAUGCCGCGAGCGAGAAGCCGGAGUGCGUUCGGGCCUUCGAACCGGUUCAGUUCAAGCGAUGAUGAUUUCAGUGAUCUGGUCCGAGCUAGUUCCAAGGUAAGGGAGGCCGCGGCGGCGGUCGUGGUGACGAGGACUCAAAGUGCGCCGACUAUUGAAAGGAUAGAGGAGGUGGAGGAGGAGGAGGUUCUUGAGAGAAGUCAGAGCUGCGCGGUGCAGCCGGCGGCGGCGGCGGCUGGUGGGAGAUUGAUUCGCCGUUAAGGCAUGGUGAUGAUUUGCAAGCAGAGCCCAACUGUUAUGGGUGAAGUCCGCUUUUAUAUAUAUAUAUUUCAGCUCUUGGAUUUAAGGCCCCAUAUAGUCGAUCUUUCAUGUCGUCUCCUUCUUCAUUUUUGUCUCUCACUGCAAAUCUAGACUCGCUGAUUAUACAUACCUUACCAUUAAAUAUCACCCGGCCGGCUUAACUCUGCUUAUGAAACUUCAAUCCAGAAGGGAUUUUUAAGAUUGUAUUCAGCCGGGGAAUCACAUAAUUAACCUGGCGUGGCAUUAAAAAUGUCAUUUUGACUAGAUGCAUGGAUUAGAUCGAUUAUAAUUUUGG